GUAGGAAGUAGCGCUUCCGGGAGUGGAGAUGGCCGCGCUGGCCCCUCUGCCGCCGCUGCCCGCGCAGUUUAAGAGCAUACAGCACCAUUUGAGAACGGCGCAGGAGCAUGACAAGCGGGACCCCGUGGUGGCCUACUACUGUCGUUUAUAUGCUAUGCAAACUGGAAUGAAGAUUGAUAGUAAAACUCCUGAGUGUCGUAAAUUUUUAUCAAAGCUAAUGGAUCAGUUAGAAGCUCUUAAAAAACAGUUGGGGGAUAAUGAAGCUGUUACUCAAGAAAUAGUUGGUUGUGCCCAUUUGGAAAAUUAUGCUUUGAAAAUGUUCUUGUAUGCAGACAAUGAAGAUCGAGCUGGACGAUUUCACAAAAACAUGAUCAAGUCCUUCUACACUGCCAGCCUUUUAAUAGAUGUCAUCACAGUGUUUGGUGAACUCACAGAUGAAAAUGUGAAACAUAGAAAGUAUGCAAGGUGGAAGGCAACAUAUAUUCAUAACUGCUUAAAGAAUGGGGAGACUCCUCAAGCAGGCCCUGUUGGAAUAGAGGAAGAGAAUGAUGUUGAAGAAAAUGAAGAUGUUGGCGCAACCUCUCUGCCCACUCAGCCACCUCAGCCAUCAUCAUCUUCAGCAUACGACCCAAGCAACUUGGCACCAGGCAGCUACAGUGGCAUACAGAUUCCUCCAGGUGCACAUGCUCCAGCUAAUACCCCUGCAGAAGUGCCACACAGCACAGGUGUAACGAGUAAUGCCGUCCAGCCUAGUCCACAGACUGUCCCAGCUGCUCCAGCUGUUGAUCCUGACCUGUACACAGCUUCCCAGGGGGAUAUCCGCCUGACCCCGGAGGACUUCGCUAGAGCUCAGAAGUACUGCAAGUAUGCUGGCAGUGCCCUGCAGUAUGAAGAUGUGGGCACCGCUGUGCAGAACCUCCAGAAGGCCCUCAGGCUGCUGACCACAGGCAGGGAGUGAAGCCUCUGUUCACGGAAGCCAGUGUUUUCCGCAUAGAGAACUAACAGUCCGUUACACUUUCCUCAGCCUUCAGGAGCAGGGGACUACAGAAGGCCUCAGUUCCCCGAGGAAGACAAUGACUCCUGUGUGGUUCAGAAGCAUUUACCAGCUGCCUCAGCCAGUUGUCAUUGAGUGUGUAGAGCUGAUGCUAGCAUCGAACCCGCUGUGAAAUGUCCCUGUAGAAAAUCAUGUUGGGUAUAAUAUGCUUUCUUAAUUUAUACACACUAAAGGAAGUUUUUGAAAGAUCUGUAAUAUUUGGACAAACAAACCAUAUUAUGUUGCUUUAAUAUUCUAAAUUAAACUUUUAAUAAAGAUUACCAGAAUAGUC